GGUCCUCCACCGAUGGGUGGCGCUGUUGUAAUAAUCAUUUUGUGUAGCCCUGAGGUCAAAGGUUGCAGUGCCGGUGGGCUAAUCGGAAAGUCACUGGUAAGAAACCGCUGAAAGGCAAUAACGAAAAGCAGAAAGGGGACUUUAUUUGUACCAAUAUGUGAACCGGGGCGUCUACGCGUUAGAGAAAACAGUUUAUUGUAGAGGAAACUCUGCGCCGCUCGCCGCCUAACAUCUGCUGAAGCGUGAUGCUGAGCCGACAGGCAGAUACAGCCCCCCGGGGCAAGCUGAGCACCGGCCUACUGCAGGACCUCAUCCAGAGUGCCAGGCCUCCUUCCUUCUGCUUCCUGCUCCCCAGGGUCCAUGCAGCUGAUGUUUCUGCUGCUCAGUCUGCACAGCUGCCCUCUUCUUCCUCUUCCUCCUCCUCGACCAGUCAUGUUCCUGCACCCAUCCUUGCUUCCAGCAGCAUGCCAACCAACAUGGGCAAGCCAGAGUUCCCAGACAGAGGAUGGGAUCGCAUCAAGGAGCUCUUUGAUCGAGAUGUGACACAAAGGUACCCGGAGGAGCUGACCAACGUGAUAAAGAGUGGUAUAGUAGCUGCAUUCACAGGCUUUCUCUAUGGAGGCCUGCCAGCUGCACGCCACGCCCGGCAGAGAUACAUCCAGAUCAGCCAGGCGGAAAUCUACACUAGUCGUGUGGACGCAGUGCGCUCCGCCCAUAAUGCAGCUAUCCGGGGUUUUGUGAGAUACGGAUGGAGAUGGAGCUGGAGAGUGGCUGCAUUUGUCACCAUAUUCAAUUCUGUCAGCACAGGCCUCUCUGUGUACAGAGACAAGUAUACCCUCAGCCAUUAUGUUGCUGCUGGAGCUGUCACUGGAGGCCUUUUUAGACUGAACCUGGGCAUGGGAGCGCUGGUGGCAGGGGCAGUCAUUGGAGCAGUGCUGGGGGUUCCCACUGGUGCGUUGAUCAUCAGCCUGCAGUCACUGGCAGGGGAAACGGUCCAAGAGCGGAGAAGGAGAGAGCGCAGGGAACUUUAUGAACGCAGACUCGCAGACUGGACAGCCCGUCUCCAGCUGACAAAUGAGUUGAUUGGUGAUCUGAAUGUCAGCUCUCAGGCAGAGGAAACCAGUAAAGACUUAGAGAGGAUCGAAGAACUGCUCAGUUUACCUCAGAAUCCAGAUGUGGCUCAGGACUCGUGCAGUCAGUGACUGCAGCCUGUUGGACAGUGAAGGUGGGACUUCAUUCAGCUAUGAAGAUACAUGGAUCAUUUCUUUCCAUGGACUCUACUGCACAUUUUCUGUCUGGCUGAAUGGAGACAAUUCACUUCAGGAUUUAAAAACACUGUUGUACCUCAAACCUUGAGUGAGCUGCUCAACAGACACUGGUUGUAGUGAGCAGCUGUGAGUCAGCAUGUGUGUGAGAGAGAAGCAGGUUAGCCCUGUGGGGAAAAGCUAAUGCUAAGGUGUGUUAAGUCUUUUACCAAAUGCAGGACACUUGCAUGUUGAACACAUUUACAGUGUACAGCAGCAAACUGUUGUCCUUCAUUGGCCGGCUGUCCCAUAAUGUUUUGUUGUAAUGAAGAAAGUGCUAGACAAAUCUGAGAUGGUGUGGGGGAACAAAGAUUGAAGUCACACAUGUUCCUGGUGUCAUUUCAUGUUAUUUAGUAUUGGCCUGAUAAUUUCUCAUUGAACAGGAUGCAGUAACAACUUGUGAUCGUUAGUUUUGAGUGAGUAAACCUAAUAAAACAUCUUCAGUAUGAGGAAACACACCGAUUCCUGCAUAUCUGUCUCUGACUCUGCCCUCCCACAAAGUGCCCUCACCUUCCUCAUUGUGGUUAGUUACAGCUACAGUAGUUUUUUGACACCAAACUGUCAAAUGUCAAUCCAUCUCUGUGACAAAAAGGCUUCUUUCUUUUCCCCAACACACCACUGUUAAGUGCAGUGAGCUUCCCACUUUGCCUCUUGGGCCUUUCAGCAACUAGGUCAAACGUAGCCUCGGCCCCUGGUGUAAACAAGAUGUGACACAGCAACAGCUGGGGCCCCUCGGCGCUGCAGUGCUAGCCAGGAGAAACGGACCACGCUCAACAACACAGCUUCAGGUAAACAUUGAUACAUGAGAAACAAAUGUUAGUUUUGCUUUCUAGCAGUGAAAAUAUUGCAGUAAGUGAAGGGAUGUAAGUUCAGGUUGACAAUGUAUUGUCUGUUGGCUUUGUUGCAGCAUCUGAGAGUUAUGAAAAUUGAUUUUCUGUCUGGACUAGUUUGUUUCAGUGUAAACUUUUGGCAGGUGAAAAAGUAAAACUAAAUUAAUUAUGAGAGGAGCCAGAACACCUGGGUGGUUUUCACGUGCCAAUAGGUUUUCUAAAAAUUAAAGGUUCAUAAAUUGACUCUGGGGGCCCUCUGGUGGUGGCACUGGGGAACCGCACAAUGCAUGCAACUGUUUUCUAUAGCAUAAUACAAUGAAACUCUUUAUAAUAAACCCAAAUAUAAAAAAAUAUUAAUAGCCAGCACUUUUGUAUUUGGCAUCUUCAGGCAAGUAACACU